GUACGACAUCUAGCGACGUAUGCCCGUUGUGCAGACUGCAGAGUUUGCGUGCGCACCUAAGUAUACUCCAUUUGACAUAUGGUUCAUAGGACAAGAAGUUGCCCACUAAGUCGUUGGUUAACAUAAUCAAUAGAGAGACUGGUCUUUGACCGGCGCGGCCGUAACACUUCCCGGAUAGAUACGCUUCUUUCUAGUUGGUUCAUAGACGUAGUCGAACUCCUACGUAGCAGAGAGUUACCGCCAUGACCUCGAACGUGUUAAAGGAACUUAAGGAGUUAGAAGAGUUGCGGCAGCUCCUGGAUACUCCCCGGAGAACGUUCAGCCCCUUAAAGACACUAAGGGAUCUAACUACACCUAGGUCCGGACUGGGAGUGGUGCAGAGCUAUUCUUCAAAUGUGGCCUUGAAUAGUGCUGAGAAAAGCGUGGACCGCCUUGGGCGAGCUAUUGAAGCAGCCGAGGAGGAAAUGGACGCAGCCAUGAAGCGCACAACGGAGAUGCAUCGCAGCCAGCUUAAGCAGAAGGAGUUGGAAAUCCUAGAGCUGCAGCGUGUCAUCGGGGCCAAGGAGCGCUCUGUAGACAGCCUCCGUGAUACGCUCGGGACAACAAAGCGCACGUAUGAGAGCAAGUUAUCGCAGGCGGAAUCGGCCCUCGCUCUUAAGGACGCUGAGAUCAAGGCUCUCAGCGAGGAGCUGCGGGUGUCUCGCCUGGAGGUGGAGUCGCUGGGCAUGCAGCUGGAGCGCGCCGAGGCGGGGCGCCGCGCGCUGGAGGCGGAUGCACGUGAGCGGGAGGCGGAGCUGGGGGCCGACAUGCGCGCCAAGAGCGAUGAGGCAGCCAAGGCGCUCGUAGCGCUGCGGUAUGAGAAGAAGGAGAAGGAGGACUGGCGGCAUCAGAGCGAGGAGCUGCGGCGGCAGGUGCAGUCGCUGAACGACGAGUUGCGCGCGCAGAGGGAGGACAUGGCCGUCAUGAAGGAGCGCUACGAGGCGGACCUGGCGGAGGCGCGGCGACGCUGCACGGUGGAGGUGGAGGAGUCGCGGCGGCGUGUCGAGGUGGAUCUGGACGAGUACCGGCGGCGCUGCGAGGGGGAGAUUGCGGAGAUGAAGCGGCGGCUGCGGGAGGAGCGGACCCUGCGCAAGGCGUGCGAGAAAUGGCUGCGAUCGGAGCUCAAGUCGCGGGAGGAGAUGGAGCUGCUGCUGGCCGCCGUGAAGGACGCCGCCACCGCCCGCCCCGCCAGCGGCGCCAGCGACACGGCGCAGGUGGAGGCGCUCAUCGACCGCCUGCGUGUCGGCAGCCCCUCGCCGCCGCCCGAGAUCAGCCUGGCCACCAUCAGCCCCCGCGGACCCAGGUACGUCAGCGGCGGCGGCAGCGGCGCCUCCACGGCCCGGGCGGCCAGCAAGGCGCCGGCGACACAGCUGCCGCAGCCUUCACCGGGCGGCGGCGGCGGUGAGAGCGCGCGUGCUGCUGAGCUGGAGCUGCUGCGUCGCAAGAUCCAGGAGGACAACGACAGGUUGAAGAGCGAGCUGCUGGCGGCGCGGAAGAUGAUUGGGGACCGCCUCAAGUACUGAGGGGGGAGGCAUGCGUUGGGGUGACCAAAUUGUGUGCAUACGUGCUUUAUGCUGUGGACUGCGGAGAUUAUUUGUGACCGUACCGGUAUCUUGGACGUGAUGCGACAUGUAUAUACUCUUAACGACGGUGAUUAAGUGUAUGUUGACGGAUUCUCUCGCAUGCGGCUUUACAUGCGAACGAGAACGCAUUAAGGACAACGUUAGGGUUGAAACAACGGAGGGGUGUGAGUGAGCUGGGCAACCUAUUGCCGAAGACAAAUGCUUUACCAGGGUAUUCUCACCGACGCGUGUCUUCCUCUCUCUUCAAACUUAGGUAGGCUCAUGGGUAGAAGCUGGACUUCUCUGUGAGCCUCGUGCUCUUCCUAUCUGACUGAUGAAUCAAUGGUUGCGACGGUGCUGGCAGUGGUGGUGGUGGUGGUGGGGAAGCUACAUCCACGUGUGUGCACAAGCACGCAGAAAGAACGUAGAAGGCACGAACCAUCCCUAGCAUACCCUCAUACAGCCAGAGACUCCACCCUGCCUACCAGUGCUGAGCAAGCGCUGGUCGCGCACGUGCCGCAUAACAAACACACAUG